CUUCUAUCAUACAGAACUUGUGAACAUUAUAUCUAUUCUAUCCUUCAUUCACACCUCAACAAAUUACUGCGGUUUCAAAGACGUGUUGACGAACAUACUAGCUCAUGACUGUUAAGGAUAACACGAUCAUGGGACCUGGCGUCGAGACGAGUGGCAGAUUUGUCGACGCUCUUCAUGGUCGGCGGAGAGCGUUGCUUAUUGGCAUCUGCUACGAGCAAACGCCGGACUGGGGCACUUUAAGUAUGCCGCAUAAGGACGUCGACAGAUUACAAGAACUACUGCUCGGGACGUAUAAUUAUCGCCCCGAGGAUGUGUAUGUCAUGAAGGACCAUGAGUCGACUCGUGCUGGCCUUAGGCCCACAAGAGCUAACAUUAUUCGGAUGCUUCAUCAGCUCGUGCAUGAUGCCAAAGCGGGUGACCGGUUUGUAUUUCUAUUCUCUGGUCACUGUGAUCAGCAAAUCGCCCGACAUGACCUUCGCGAAGAGGAUGGUCAAGAUGAAGCUAUCAUCACCUGCGACAACAGAAAAAUCAUUGAUAAUAGGUUGAGGAAAAUUCUUGUGAACAAUCUGCCGUCAGGAAGUAACCUCAUGGCCAUCUUCGAUACUUGUCAUUCCGGCACACUACUCGACCUUCCGCAUUAUCAUUGCAAUCAACUAUACGUACCUUGGAUAUCCCGUUCUCACCGCACGAGCAGCACAUUGCGUGCCGCGAACAGCGCCGGUAUGAAAUCAGUACGUAUCCUGUUACCUCGCUCCUGUGACUGACCAUU